GAAUUCCCCAGGACAACUCUUUAGCAAGACGCCUUGACUUGUAAACAACUUAACACGGUAACAUUUAUUUUACUCCUUAAAUAACCUUUUAAAAUAUGAACUUUGAUGAUAUCAGUUAGAGCUUAGUUGCAGCGCCAUGCCUGGUCCUAGCACUUUAACUUGCUAGCUAGCCAACUGCUAGUGCAGACAGUUGCCAGCUUGACAGCACAGCUAGCCUGCUACUUUGCUUUAGCAAACGGUCUAUCAGGUUAGCUACUAAAAGUAAAUAUACAUCAAUUCUAACCAGCUGUUAUUGCUAUUAUUGCAAAGGAGUCUAUACAAAUUGCAUAGCUAGCUAGCAACAGUAUUCGUAAUGGCUGGUAUUCAGCCCAGGUGCGAUUCUGGAAAGGCGACUACACGGCCUGAACUUCGCUUCGGGCUUGACAAACACGAAGCUCUGGGUACUUCUUCACCGGAGGAUUGGUGCGACAGUGGGCUAGAAUGUCUUAGUGGAGCAGCGCUGAGUCUGGAUGACCCCUUCAGCAAUGAGACAUCCCAAACCUGGGGGCCCAGGGCCCCUCCUUACACGACCUCCUACCCAUCACUGGAUGAGACUGACAAGCGCCCCAUGGACUGUAGUUCACCGGGAGGUGAAGAGAGGUUGGACUCCGCUAUAGGGGACUCAAUUACAGAUGAGACGAUGGGGAGUAUAUCACAGGGGCUGGGGACCAUGCACCUGAAUGAACCAGUUAUCAGUGAUACAGUGGAUGACAGUGGGAGGCAAGCAGCACCAAGCCCGGAGGAGGAAAGACGGAGAGAGAUGUUCAACACACUGAACUUUGUGUCUGAGGAUGGAGACACGUGAGCAGCAUCUCCUUACUAUUCACAUGAUGAACAGCAGUUUGUUGGCUAUUUGUACUUGUUAUCUCAAACAUCUCCUAUGCUCAUAGGGCUCUUCACUUGGCUCUUAUCCACGAGCACUGGGCCUUCGUACAGUACCUUCUGGGGGUGAUAGCACUGGACCGGAGCUGGGUGCCUUACCUGGACAUCCAGAACCAUUUGGGACAGGUAAGCUCAGGGACACACAGCUGCAUUAGUAACACUGGAGUAUUUACGGGGGAAUUUGCGAUAAAAUAUCUAAAGGAACGUAUUAUUAAAGUCUUUCCAAAUGUAGGUCUGUUGUAGACCGACUUCCUCUCUGCUAACCGUCAUGUAAAAAUAAAAGUCCUGCAAGUGUGCCUUAUGUGGACAAAAAAGGAAUAACUUGUGGGGGACUUUUAUUUUGACAUGAGGUAAGCAGAGAGGAAGUGGGUCUACAACAGACCCACGUUUGGGAAGUCUGUUUAGUAAUAUAUUCCUUUAGAUAUUUUGUAACAAAUUCCCCCCCUUUUAAUGACCAACCGUCCUGCCCACCGGCACAGUAAGUUGAAAUGGAAUUGUAUUUAACUUCUGGCUUCCCACAGACUGUUAUUGCGCAACCCAAUACAAUAGGGAGCAACGCUGUAGGUUAAAUCCAUUUGAAUUCAAUCACUUGACAACACCCCUUUUGAUUUGAACGAAACCUUCCAUAUAUAUUUUCCCAUUGUAGAAAUGCUCAGAACAGUGACUUUUUGGACCUGAAUGCCAAUACAUUCAAGAGAUAAAGGUGGUUGAAGUUGACCUAUUUUGCAUACCCCCACCAUACAAUGAGACAUCCAUGUCUUCAUCACUGUAAUGGAUAAACGGUUGAGAUUCAUAUCAUUUAAAAGAUUACAAACCGGGUUGUCAAACUGUUUUUAUAAUUUCUUUAAAAUACACACGCACACACACACACACACAUACACAGUGCAUUCGGAAAGGAUUCAGACCCCUUCACUUUUUCCAAAUUUUGUUACAUUACAGCCUUAUUCUAAAAUUGAUUAAAUCAUUUUUUCCCCUUAUCAAUCUACACACUCCAUAAUGACAAGCAAAAAACAGGUUUUUAGAAAUGUUUGCAGAUUUAUAAAAAAUAAACGGAAUUAUCACAUUUACAUAAGUAUUCAGACCCUUUACUCAGUACUUUGUUGAAGCACCUUUGGCAGCGAUUACAGCUUUGAGUCUUCUUGGGUAUGACACUACAAGCUUGGCACACCUGUAUUUGGGGAGUUUUUCCCAUUCUUCUCUGCAGAUCCUCUCAAGCUCUGUCAGGUUGGAUGGGGAGCAUCGCUGCACAUCUAUUUUCAGGUCUCUCCAGAGAUGUUCGAUCAGGUUCAAGUCUGGGCUCUGGCUAGGCCACUCAAGGACAUUCUGAGACUCGUCCCAAAGCCACUUCUGCGUUGUCUUGGCUGUGUGCUUAGGGUCGUUGUCCUGUUGUAAGGUGAACCUUCACCCAAGUCUGAGGUCCUGAGAGCUCUGGAGCAGGUUUUCAUUAAGGAUCUCUCUGUACUUUGCUCCGUUCAUCUUUCCCUCGAUCCUGACUAGUCUACCAGUCCCUGCCGCUGAAAAACAUCCCAACAGCAUGAUGCUGCCACCACCAUGCUUCACCGUAGGGAUGGUGCCAGGUUUCCUCCAGACGUGACGCUUGGCAUUCAGGCCAAAGAGUUCAAUCUUGGUUUCAUCAGACCAGAGAAUCUUGUUUCUCAUGGUCUGAGAGUCCUUUAGGAAAAAAUUCAAAAAAACUGUUUUUGCUUUGUUAUUAUGGAGUAUUGUGUGUAGAUUGCUGGGGGAAAUGUUUUAUUUAAUCCAUUUUAGAAUAACGUAACAAAAUGUGGAAAAAGUAAAAGGGUCUGAAUAAUUUCAGAAGGCACUCUAUAUUUUUGUUCAGCACAUUAUUGCACCCACCCUGUAUUCAAGAGUAUGCUGUGUCUCAACCGAUGGCUGGCACAACACAAAAACCUCAGAUGAUGUAAAGCAGGGUCUAAGUAAGCUAGAACAUAUGCAAAUAUGGAAAGAAAUCGGGAGUUGACAUUUUUCUUUUACAAUUGCCGUUAAAGGUUACAUUUUUAUUACAAAACAUUUGACAACCCUGUUUGUAAGCAUUUAGAUGAUAUCAAUCUCAACUAUUUAUAUUUUCCAGUGAUGAAGAUAUGCAUGUUUCAUGGUAUGGUGGGGUACGCAAAAUGGGUCAACUUUGAGCACCUCUAUCUCCUGAAUGUUUUGGCAUUCAGGUCCAAAAAGUAACUUUCUGACCAUUUCUUCCGUGGGCAAACACAUAUGGAAAGUUUGGUUUAAAUCAAAAGGGAUGCUGUGAAAAAGUGAUUUAAUAAAUACACCAGCAUUGCUAAUAGCUAAGUGUUACACUGCUCUACUGAACCGAGAUCCGCCACGCCAGCAUAUGGGGAUUUCACAAUGGGGGAUUUAUUACUGCUAAAUAGCUAACAAAAUGGCUACAUGGACUAUCUGCAUUGAACCUCACACUGACACUCCAACACACACACUCCACCCAUUCAUACUUACUCUACAUACACGCAUACAAUCAUCAUACGCUGCUGCUACUCUGUUGAUCUUAUAUCCUAACGCCAAGUCACCUUACCCCUAUACCAGUGGAGGCUGCUGAGAGGAGGAUGGCUCAUAAUAAUGGCUGGAACGGAGCGAAUGGAAUGGCUUCAAACACAUGGAAACCAUGUGUUUUGAUGUAUUUGAAACCAUUCCACUAAUUCCUCUCCAGCCAUUACCAUGAGCCCGUCCUCCCCAAUUAAGGUGCCACCAACCUCUUGUGCCCUAUACAUAUCUAGCCCUACCAUGUCAGUAUUCCUGCACAUUGUAAAUAUGGUAUUGGUACUGACCCUGGAACUGACCCUGUAUAUACAAAAGUAUGUGGACACCCCUUCAAAUUAGUGGAUUUGGCUAUUUCAACCACACCCAUUGCUUACAUGUGUAUGAAAUAGAGAACAUAGCCAUGCAAUCUCCAUAGACAAACAUUGGCAGUAGAAUGGCCUUACUGAAGCGCUCAGUGAGUUUCAACGUGGCACCGUCAUAGGAUGCCACCUUUCCAACAAGUCAAUUCGUAAAAUGUCUGCCCUGCUAGAACUGCCCCGGUCAACUGUAAGUGCUGUUAUUGUGAAGUGGAAAUGUCUAGGAGCAACAACGGCUCAGCCACGAAGUGGUAGGCCACACGAGCUCACAGAACAGGACUCCCGAGUGCUGUAGCACGUAAAAAUUGUCUGUCCUUGGUUGCAACACUCACUACCGAGUUCCGAACUGCCUCUGGAAGCAACGUCAGCACAAGAACUGUUCGUCGGGAGCUUCAUGAAAUGGGUUUCCAUGGCCGAGCAGCCACACACAAGCCUAAGAUCACCAUGCGCAAUGCCAAGCGUCGGCUGGAGUGGUGUAAAUCUUGCCGCCAUUGGACUCUGGAGCAGUGGAAACGCAUUCUCUGGACUGAUGAGUCACGCUUCACCAUCUGGCAGUCCGACGGACGACUCUGGGUUUGGCGGAUGCCAGGAGAACGCUACCUGUCCAAAUGCAUAGUGCCAACUGUAAAGUUUGGUGGAGGAGGAAUAAUGGUCUGGGGCUGUUAUUCAUAGUUCGGUCUAGGCCCCUUAGUUCCAGUGAAGGGAAAUCUUAACGCUACAGCAUACAGUGGCAUUCUAGAAGAUUCUGUGCUUCCAACUUUGUGGCAACAGUUUGGGGAAGGCCCUUUCCUGUUUCAGCAUGACAAUGCCCCCGUGCACAAAGCGAGGUCCGUACAGAAAUGGUUUGUCGAGAUUGGUGUGGAAGAACUUUGACUGGCCUGCACAGAGUCCUGACCUCAACCCCAUCGAACACCUUUGGGAUGAAUUGAAACGCUGACUGCGAGCCAGGCCUAAUCGCCCAACAUCAGUGUCCACAGCAAUGUUCCAACAUCUAGUGGAAAGCCUUCCCAGAAGAGUGGAGGUUGUUUUAGCUGCAAAGGGGGACCAACUCCAUAUUAAUGCCCAUGAUUUUGGAAUGAGAUGUUCGACGAGCAGGUGUCCACAUACUUUUGGUCAAGUAGUGUAGCUUACUUACUUUCUCGUGUUUUUAUUUCUAUUUCUGGUGUAUUUUUUGUUCUACUUUAUUUUAUAGUAUAUCUUUUACUACUGAUAUUGAUUACUGCAUUGUUGGGAAAGCGCUUACACAUGGGACAAUAAAACUAACAUGCAAUUAACACAUGUCCACUUCCAUUUUCUUGGUCUCCUUACCCUUCUCUUGUCCCUCUCACGUCUCCUCCUUUGGUUACUAUUCGUCCACUUAUUUUCUUCUCCCUCCUUACUUCCUCUCUGUCUGUCAGACUGCCCUUCACCUGGCUGUCAUAGUGGACCAGGCCCAGUUUGUGCGAGGGCUGCUGUGGGGUGCUGCGAGCGCUGAAGUCCAGGAGAGGGGAGGGAACACACCACUGCACCUGGCCGUCAGGGAGCUGAGGCAGGACUGUGUACGAGAGAUCACCUCCAACUGCCAGAGCACUGACUACCUGCAUGUCACCAACUACUCAGGUACACGGAUCACCCAGAGGACAUGGAGCCAGUUAUUGUACCGUUAGAAACUCUGCAUACUGUAACUAUCAUCCCUGCUUACCUUUGUUUCUCUAUUUGUAAUGUCUCCCUCCCGCUCUCUCUCUUUCUCGCUCUCUCUUUCAGGGGUGAGUGCACUGCAUUUGGCAGUACAGAGGGGCAAGGAGGACAUAAUCAGCAUGCUGAUUGAGGCAGGAGCCAAUGUUAACCAGAGGGUGAGUAGUCCACAUGAGUUACUGUAUCAGACUGCUGUAGACAGGGUGGGUCCUCUAAGCCCGCUAGGUUCCAACAUGCCUCAGUACUUCAUCCAUCAAACUCAUUAUUAAAGGUCCCCUUACUUAAUGAGCAAGGUUAUGAUGAUGCCUCUCUCCCCUCCUGCCCCUCCAGGACCUGGGCUCAGGCCGCUCCCCUCUACACUGGGCCGUGGAGUCCCAGAGCCCCAGGCUGGUGCAGCUACUGCUGCAGGGGGGGGCCAAUGUAGACCAGCCCUCCUAUGCAGGCCACACAGCCCUCUACUGCGCCCUGCACAGGCCCAACAAGGAGGUACAGGCCCUGCUCAAGGCUAGAGGGGCCUCUGACACACAGGCCCAGGAUGAAGAGGAGGAGAGGGAGAGCGAAGAUGUGAGGGUGGUCUGGGGGAGUUACAGUUAGCAUUGUACAUGUUUGAGCUUCCUUUUUUUGUCUGUCAUAAACUUGUUGACAUUUCAUGGCUGUAAGUGUUAUUAUGACGAUUAACUCUGCUGUUCUCUCUGUUUUCCUCCUGUAGGAGGAGUUUGAUGACGUUGUUAUCAAUGGACAACGAGUGCACUAA